AUGAGGAGUUGGAGAGCCUUGCAGAUGAGAUUUUCACUGAGCGCCAAUGACUGGAUUCGGCGAUUAUGUUUGAUCCCGUCUACAUGGUGUUUUGGCAUAUCACCUCGAGCAAUUCUUGAUAUCUUGCCUACGCAAAUUGAGUUUCAUCAUGACAACUACAUUGUACCUUUUAUCUUCACUGCGCAGCAAGUGGGCUUACGGCUGUACCACGACGAGAAGGGGGUCAUGAACCCGAACCUUCACCAGUCCACGCAACCAGCAAAGACCCGAUCGCCGGUUCUGAAGAUCACAUUACCCACAUCGAGUGUGGCUUACUUCGGUUUUCUCGUAUUUCUGGAGGCUCACACAAUAUCAUCACAUACAAGUCUAGAAACAACCCUCGAGAACCACGCUCUACUUUACACCACGUAG